UGUUUUCAGACGAUGUGGUUAGCCUGUCAGUGGCGAGUUGGGGAGAAAAGAGCAGCACUGACAGCAAGAUGCAGUUCAUGCUCCUAUUUAGCCGUCAAGGCAAACUAAGGUUACAAAAAUGGUACACUGCACAACCAGAUAAAUUGAAGAAAAAAAUCACUAGGGAAUUAGUAACAACAAUUCUGGCCAGAAAACCCAAGAUGUGCAGUUUUCUGGAGUGGAAAGAUAUGAAAAUAGUAUAUAAAAGGUAUGCCAGUCUGUAUUUCUGCUGUGCCAUUGAACACGAUGACAAUGAGUUACUGACACUGGAGAUCAUCCACAGAUAUGUGGAGUUGCUGGAUAAGUAUUUUGGAAGUGUCUGUGAGUUGGACAUAAUUUUUAAUUUUGAAAAGGCCUACUUCAUGUUAGAUGAGCUGUUACUGGGAGGUGAGGUCCAGGAGACCAGUAAAAAGAACGUUUUGAAGGCAAUAGCAGCACAAGACUUACUUCAGGAGGAGGAGACACCGCAGGGAUUUUUCGACGAUCAUGGCUUGGGAUGAUGAUAGCAUGGUGCAUGCUUGUAGCUACAUAUGCAUUACUCCUUUAGGCUUGCGUAGCAGUAACACCCCUUUCAGUGAAUGCAUUUUAGGACAUCUUCUGGAACACAAAACAGAUAUUAUACAUGACUCAAGAGAUUCAGCUACUUUAUUUUGUCAUUUAUUAAGCAUAAUUAGCAUUUAUUCUGUUGUUUAGUGUUUGUUAACAGGGUGGCCUAAAAAGAUGUUUCCAUUUGCUUGCAAAAAAACUUACACCACAGAAAACUGUCUGUUAGAUGGCGUAUGAAUAAGAAUUAAUAAGUUUUUUUCAAUAGAAAAAGCUAUUUUAUGAAAAAUGGAAAUAUCUUUUUGGACCAUCUUAUAAUUACUUCAGAUUCAGUGUUUUAUUAUUAUUAUUAUUAUUAUUAACAUUAUUAUUAUUAUUUGAUAAUGAUAUUUCACUUUUGGUGUCUGCAAAUAAUUAGAUAUCCAAGAAUGAUACCAAGAAAAUGUGAUAUGUAGUUCGGUUUGUUACAAAGUUAGUAUAACAAGUUGCUUUUCAUGAAACUAGGGUACUGAUUUGAAAUCUACAUAUGAAAACAUUUUUUGACUUAAAAAGGCUUCAGAUUAUGCAGCAAAGAUUUAUGGGCCAUGUUUUAUUUUACAUAUGGCAGCUAGCACAACAAGUUUUUGUUUUUAUUUAUUUAUUUAAUUUAUUUAUUUAAUUUAUUAUUGUUUUUUUUUUGUAGUAGAUAAAUCACCAAUUUACAUGGACAUUUGUCUAGUAGCCCUAUGUAAAAUGAAGUAAGUUCCAGUUGAAUUGGCAGGCCCUGAUGUCAGUGGUUUAAGGCUGCCAGUAGGGAGGUUUCUCACGCCAUGAAGUACAAAGUAUGAGACAGUGCAAUCUAUGAAAAUCCUAGUGUGGCUUCACUAUGUACAGUAAUGAAGUAAGAAUUAUUUUAAAGAUCAUAAUGUAUUUCAUAAGAUAACAUAAGUUGAAAGUGGUGCCAUGGGUUUAAAAAGGUCAGUUCACAACUCGAUUUCUUCUCUUUUACAUGACAUAAGUGGUCAUGAAGACACUCGAUUAAAUUAAUUUACCAGAGAAGUGAAAUGACAAGUUUCUUACUUGUGUUUACUAUAUGCAAUUUAAUUUCUAACUUAAUAUUUUUGACAAAAUAUUUUUCAUAAUAAUCAUAAGCUGGAAUGAUGAACUACAAAAAACAAUGAGUUGUGGUAUCAUAAAGUGAUGAUUUAUUUCGCAGUUCAGGCUUUGUACUGCAUUCUCCAUUGUGUGUGAAACCUCUAAUAUGUUUCUGUGUUUACUGGACAUCCACUGGCUACAGAUUUAUCUUCUUUAAAAUGAAUAAAAAUGUCCCAUUUCAUCUCAGAUUCCUUUUUUUUUUUUUUUGACAUGUUAUAUCAGAUUGUUUAAGUCAACUGUUUGAUAAGUUACGAAAGUAGUCUCUUCAUACUACAGCUAAACUCAAAGUUAUUACCAGACUUAUCCAAGAUCUCAGUGUCACAAAGACAGAGGCGGAUUGUGGCCGUCUUCUAAGUCUUCUGGAAGACGGACAGAUUUUCAAGUUAACAUUUGAUGGGUAUCUAAUUUUUUCUGUCAGAAGACGGUCAAUUAUGGAAGGUGGAUCAACAGAGAAAAUUUGGAAGACUGUCAGAAAAUAUCUCUGGAUCCACCCUUGCAAGACACAUAGUAGCCGCUGGGUCUGAGUAUAGCUUUUGUUUGAAAAAACAAUUAUAAUAAUUAUAUCUGUGAGUGUGACACACAAACUGUGGAACUCUACAGGGGACACCUUUAUAAGUAAAGGUUCCCAUAUAAGAUCUGAUUUGCAGUGCUCUGAAAGUUACAAUGUUAUGUAAUAGUAAAUGAUAUGCAUUUUAGAAUUUGGUUUAGAUCCAGAGGUGCUUUAAGGUUCUGCAAGUAUUAUAAUUAUAUUUAGAAUUUUUCUUGCAUGAUGUCAUCAUUAUAAGUGAUUGGAGUAAUUUUUUAAGUUUUGUUUUUGUAGCAAGUGGUUAUCCUAUGUCAUAUGGUUGGUUUUUGUGUAAGUGCAGUGCAAAUUAGAAAAGUUCUUGAAAAAAUCUUGAGAAAAAGUUGCUUCUUUUAAUAAUUUUAAGGAAGAUGUUCAGAUACAAUGUAUUUUUGGUGAUGAUUAUAAUUAUUAAUCCCAAAACAAAGGAAGACGACAUCAGGAUGUUUCAUGAUAUAUUCAUUUAUUAAUAAAAUAUCAUACUGAUAAGAAUGUUGUUGAGGUUUUGAAAAAGAAACACAUAUAGUUAAUUUUUUUAAAGAUAGAUAAUCAAUGAAAAUGUAUUUGAAAUUAAUGGACACUGUCAUGUUCCCUCAAGUACUCUUUUGUUGCCACACCCUUGGCUAUAGUUCUGUAUUGCUACCAGUAACUAUUAAGAAGCAAAAUGAUCCACUAUUGAAAAGAAAACAAUGAAAAUUGUGAAAACUUUUUACUUUUUAUGCCAGGAUAUAUGUGGCAUCAUCCUGAGUGCCAGAGGGGAGAUAUUGAACUAGUCAAAUUUGAUGGAAACUUUAUCAUGUGGCCAUAGUCUGCAUGCUCUCACACAGAACGAUGAACUGCAUGCUCUCACACGGAGCCAUAAUCCACAUGUUCUUACAGAGAGUGGCAUGCUGUCAUACAUAGUGAUAGUCCUCAUGUUUUCACAUGCAGUGAUGCAUGCCCAUACACAGGGAAUGUUGCCAUAAUCUCUCCAUGAGGGUGGGAGAAGAUGUCAGGACAUAUGUUACUGUAUUUUGGUAGCACCCACACUAACCUUAAACCACCCUGCACACUAAACACUAACCUUGCUUGAACUGUUCUUCCAACUGCUUGCUGCAACCAUAACCCCAGCUUCUGGCUUCCCCGCUUUAUUUAUUACUGUGCUGUAUUUACAAAUUGACCCAGUUGACUGAUUGGUUUGAGGAUUGUUCUAAUUCUGUUUAGUUUGGACAUAUACUUUAGAACAAAAAUAGUGCUUCAUAAUUCAUUGUGGUUAUUUUACAAUUGUCUAGGAAUGACUGAUUGUUCUUUCUGUUCAUCAUUUUUUAUUAUUAAGAGUGUCUUUCAGUGUUUUUUAUGUCAUGUUUGUUUGUGAUUGGUACUUCGUGUCAUCAAACAAACAAUCUCCUUUCUUUCAGUGCAGAUGGUGGUGGGCCUCAUUUUUCUUUUCUUGUAUAAUUAUUAUACUGCUGUGUUGGAAGUAUUUCUGUAUUGUCACUCUGGCUAGUAGGCUCUUCAAUUAGACAUGGCACAAAAUCUAUAUAAAUUAGCAUUAAAAAGUGUUUUCAUUGA